CUCUUCGUACAUGAGUACAGUAUAACAUCCUUAUCACGUCCUUGAUACUGAUCUACGCGCACACGCCCGCCUCAAUGAGUACCUGGACGAGACGCAAAGUAAUAGCGACUUCCGAAAUGUUGGAGUACGUCUGAUCCAAUAUAACGUCUCUACUGCCAGAUUCUACAUUCAAAUUAGCUUAAUGGCUUCCGCAUACAGAACUCGGCAAUGCUUGGCAUAGACGGACACACAACGCAUGCGCAAAUAUGCGCGGAUAUGGAUCUCACGUAGUGUAUGUAUCUUCUUAUGCCCCCUUCAUGCUAGUAACCGUGCUGCAAGCAGUCUGGAAUUUGCAUCACUGAUGGAUAUACUUACUUUGUGAUGUUAUAUUCUUGUCAUUUAAAACAAUACGAAAAAUGUAUGAAAAGGAACAACAGAUUAUUGCAUAGAGAUUGUUGCAUACGUAAAUUAAAUUGUUCUUGUUAAUUAUAAAUUGUAUUAACCUGUAACUUCCUAAAUUUGGUUAUGAAUGUUGGAAAAUGCGAAAAUAAAUAUUUCAUAAUAUUUUUUAUGAAAAAUAUUUAAUGAAAAGUACAUCUUAUAAUAGAACGAAGUAUUUUUAUACAAGAUAUUAAAUAUAGACGGAAGAUUAUAGUUAGGCAAAUGACGCAACGAAUGAUUGUGAAUCUUCUGCCGAAAACUCAGCCUUUUUUGAAACCGACUCUGCCACUGUACAUGAACAGUUAUUCGCCCUUUGUUAAGGCCAUUUUGCAGAAUAGAAUGAUGUGCAAGCAUGUAGAAAUAGUGGAUCAUACCUGUAAGAUAUCAAGUUACAAUGAUUACCUCACAAAUUACAAGCCAAUUCACCGGAUCUUGAGGAAUACUCUUCAAGAAUUACUGGGUAUAACAAAAAUAGAUGUCACAAAAGUUAUCGAGGAACAUCCACAGCUGAAGAAGAGAUCUAGGGCAAAUAUUCUGAACAAUUAUUAUAAUCUAAUAAAGGCUGAUAUACAAAAAAACACUAUCAUAAACAACAUCUGGUUACUGACACACGAAAACGAUAAAUUGACAGAUAAGCUUAACUGUAUCAAAGUUCUAAAUAUAGAUAACAACCAGCUUGUACCAUGGCUAUGCUUAACUCAAGAUGAACUAGCAAACUAUGUACUUUAUACUCAAGAGGAUAUGGAGUCUUAUACAUAUAACAGACUAGAAUAUCUUUCUCAUAAAUUUGAGUGUAGCAUACAACGAUUAUGUGAAAUAACAGUACCAAAUUCAUUCUUAUUAAAAAUACCAAUUUCGUCUAUAGAUAAAAAAGCAAACAUAUUGUAUGAAUAUAAUAUAAAAAAUAAAGAUAUAUUAAAAGAUAUAUGGGUUCUUCGCUACAGUGAAAAUCAUAUACGUCAUAGAUGUGAAUUAUAUAAAGAUACAGGAAGGUUAAAGAUGAAAACAUGGGCUAUACGAUGUUCGCUUCAUGUUAUAUCAAGGGCCAUUCAAAAAAAUAAGGUGGAACGUAGCUUACUGCAACAUUAUGGAAAUAUUAGCGACUAUUUGCAAAAUAAGUUGAAAGUCGACGAUGAAAUGCUCAAUUCAGUGAUCCAGAAAGUACCAAAUAUUUUACGGGUGAAUAUAGCGAAAUUGAAUCAGUUAAUCAAUAUACUACAUCAGAAUGGCAUUACUAGCGACGAAAUAUUACGACAUGAACGAAUCUUUUAUUUCAAUAUAAAUACUAUACAGAAUCGAAUUGCGAUUUUAAAGAAGGCAAAUCUUGCUCCAAAACUUACUAUACUAACACAAGCUGAGCGAAUCUUUGAUCAGUAUAUAGAAGCGAAUAAUGAACGGCAGAAAUUGUUGCAAGAACAUGGAAGCGUUAAGAAUUACUUAAUCAACACAUUAAAUGUGGAGAAAAAGCUUCUUGAAGAAACAAUUACAAAAUAUCCAUCUAUUUUACGAGUGAAAUUUAAAAAAUUGAUUGAAUUGCUCGAUUUAUUGCAACAAAAUGAUAUAACAGGUAACGAUAUAGUAAGUCAUCCAAAAAUUUUUUAUUUUAAUAUUGAAACGUUACGUAAGCGAAUUGAAAUACUGAAAGAAAACGGUAUAUCACCAAGAAUCAAUUUAUUAAUAUGUGAGCAAAAAAUUAUAGAUCGGUAUGUAAAACUCAGAUCACAUAAUUCGAAAAAUAUUAAUACAGAUUAAUAUUUAUUAAAUUUAUUUCUUUAAUUUAACUAU